AUGCAGGUAUCAAAGGAUGCAUGUGCUGUUAUUGAGAGGUAUCGCCAGAAGAUGUCCAUCAGCGACACGUUUCUGAGUUUUGGAGGGAAACUACCGAGAAAUCUCACUGAUGAAGAACUUCACGCCGAGCUGUGUUACGCGGAAUGCCUUCUGUCGCGAGCAGCUCUUGCUUUUUUCCAAGAUGAUAAUUUUGCCAGCUUUAUCAGAGGAGCGCUCCGAAUUCGAAGCUGCUAUCAAAUCUACAGGUACUGCGAACGUCUAUUGAUGGACGAGGCGCUGUGGUUGGGACGAGACAACCGUGUUCGAGAUCAUUUCGAGGCUGGCGUGCUGAUGGGACUUGGAACGUUCAACCUGAUGCUGUCAACCUUGCCGUCGAAGGUGUUACGGCUGCUCGAAGUGGUGGGCUUCUCCGGCGACAGAAUAAUUGGAAUGCGUUCGUUACAUCGCUGUGCUGCUAUGACAAACACGGUGUUCGCCUCAUUCAGUGUGAUGCUGUUGCUUGUCUGGCAUUUGAUCGUCUGCUUCAUGUGA